AUGGCACCGCAACAGCAGCAGGUGGAGGAAGAUGAACAUGUGUACACACUGGAUGAAGCUCUUACAACUCUGGGUUUUGGCAAAUUCCAGUAUUUGGUGUUGGGUUAUGCGGGUCUUGGAUCAAUGGUGGAUGCUGUUGAAGUUAUGAUUCUUUCUUUUAUUGGACCAGCUGUUAAGUCUCAAUGGGGGCUUUCUUCUACACAAGAAACUCUUAUUACUACUGUUGUGUUUGCUGGCAUGCUUAUUGGAGCUUACUUUUGGGGCAUUCUUGCUGACAACUAUGGAAGAAGGCAAGCCUAUUUUCCCUUUUUAGUAUUUACUGAAAAAGUUUAUGUUUGUGUUUCUCUUUUUCAAAUUGGGUGACUAGUGAAUAACCA